AUGGGCAGUGACAGCAGUGAUAAGUCACUAACGGAUGAUGAAGCCUUCUUGGAACAGCUAGAAAAAGGAACGCUGAGAAACAUGAGAGUGCUUUGGUGUGAAUUACCAGAGGUUUGUUGAUAAUCAUAUAGAUAUAAUAAUAAUAAUCUCUUAAAAUUGAAAGGAAAUGUUAAGGAAAUUAAAUUUAACAAUAGUGGCGAUAAUCUGUGAGUGAAAGGGUUCAGGUUACGUUGGAUCAAUGCAGCCAGAUAAUAAAUGGUAAAUAUUCAGUGGAAUACUUGAUACCUCAACUUUGAAUAAAGAGUUAGCUUACGUCAGUCAAUGCCUUCAUAAAGGCUGUAGCAAAGCAAGAUUUAGAUGUCUUUUUAACCCUCCACUGUAAAAAGUGUCUUGCUCAUCUUUUUAUAACCUUUUUAGGCAAUCAACUGUAAGUAAUGUUUUAACAGUUUUAUUUUUCCACAUUUUGAAAUUUUUAGUGAAAUUUAAAUUCAUUUUUCUCUAAUCGUAUCUAAUUCUGUAGGAAGUACACAAAUACUUUUUUGAGUUUAGAUUAGUGCUCUUGCUUAGUAGGAAACCGUUAUCCAUCUAUCUACAUGUUAACAAUCUUUUGCAUAGAGGAUACGUAAAGUUGUCUCCAAGUAGAAUGAGCAAUUCAAAGGUCUUUCAUGAUAUGCUCCUCUUCCGCAGGUCAAAGAAAGUGGCAUUUUAGACAACAUAAAACGAGAGGAACGCAAAAGACAAGAGGUAAGUAAUAUAAUUAUAUAAAUGGAUUUUAGUAUCAUACAAUAAGCUUUAUAUUUGCAUCUAAAUCCAGCUGUAUGGUCUUUACAAAGAGUCUAGCAGACUUGGAACAUUGGAGUGUGGUACUGUCAACUUUUUCUAAGACGGACAUCUUCUGGACCUGCCCCGACUGUCUGUCUUAGAGAGGUGUCCGGCUUAUAGAGGUUCGACGUAACGUGAUACUAGUAAAAACUUUAGCUGAACUUGUUCGCAUUGAAUACACGUCUGUUUAACUUAUGCAAAACAGCUAAAACUGCAACACUGUAACAGUGGAGUCAUUUUCUUGUCUAUGAAUCAAACGUUCAUUUAAAGAAAGUGUCCACGGUUUCGUGGUAUAAAAGCGUACAAUGUAACAGUAUAAACUUUGCAAACUGAAGAAAGACGACAAAAUAUUAAAGAUUUUGUAAUUUACAAUCUUGUAGAGCACCUACAUUAAUAUUUCCGUUUUGAGGUAUUUUUCACUGCACAAAGCACUUCUCAAGUGUUCGUUGAUGGUUUCAAUAGUGUCUGUUGUCCGUCUUAGAGAUGUGUCCGUCUUAUAGUAAAGAAAACACUCAACUGGACCUGAGGUCUAACACUUGUGAAAUGCAGCUACUGUUCCAGCAGCUAUAAGUUUACUUAGCGACGCAUCUGCAGUACGUAUACCUACAAGACGAAUGGUGGGACUCCCGAUCUGAGCACUUAAAAUAGAAAUUUUGGUUUACUGUGCCUUUCAAUGACAUGCAACACAUGGUUAACUUCAUAACAUUCUUGCUUCUAUUUUUAAUGACAACGAAUAUCAACCAAAAGAAAUGAUAAGCUAAUCACUUCAGUUCAAAACACCCUCACUUUCAAAACGAGGCUAAGUGUGAAAAGGAGUCUCAUUUGCAUGAGAAUAAAAAGCUUCGCUUUGAAACAGAAGUUUGGGGCGACUUGUUAAUGGCCUAUAGGACAUAGGGUCACACAGGGCCACUAUGUCUUGAGAUAUACGCGUUGAUACUGAAUCGUGAAAGUGAGAACUUUCAUUUGAACUAUAAGGUCGCAUAGUAUUAAGGAGAGUGCUUUAACUGUGUUGAUUGCAGGCAAUGUUUGAGGUGAUUACGUCAGAGGCAAGUUAUCUCAGAAGUCUAAAUAUUCUGAUGUCACAGUUCAUCAAAUCAGAAGAGUUGAACGCAGGCUCCUCGCUGUGUGUUUUAGAACGAGGCCAGUCACAUGUGCUGUUUUCUAAUAUCAACUCCAUCAAGUCUGUCAGUGAGAAGUAAGUUAAUGCAGCCUCUCUGUAAUAACAGUUUUAUUAAAUAAGUAGGGGUUGAUGAUUCUUAGGCAUAUGUUUAACCCUUUAAGCCCUAAUAUCAACAUACUAAUUCUCCACACUGAUCUCCAUACGUUUCUUAAGAUUCAAUUGAGAGAAUUUGAUAAACGAUCAAAGCGUUUUCUCAUUGGUGAUCAUACACGAAAACAAUACCGGAUAGGGCUUCUGUUCACACUCAAGAACAGUGAUUUCGGCGCCGUUUCUGUAAGACUAACGGCGAACUCGGAAGUGAAGCGUCACAUACCGGAUAGGUUCUGUGCCACACUUUGGUGCUGUGUUACAGGUUUUCGGACUCUGGGGGAAGUGAAUAUGAAAAUCCAAAUUAAUUUUUAUGAGCUUCACCGGCCAAUUUGGUCACCAGGGUGAUUAAAUGAAGAAUUGCUGCCAUUUUUAUGAUCACUUUAUUUUCGUUUCGUUGUCUGUUAAGUUUUGUUUGUGUUGUUUUAUUGUUUGUUUGUCGGCUUUGCCAAUUUAAAAGGGCUUGUUUUUCUCUAUGUAUCAAAGUCAAGGUAUUUACCUAAACGAAUGUUUCACUUUAUGGUUAGAAUGUUUGUUACUGAUCACUUGUUCGUUACCUUGUAGCUUUGUCCAGGCCUUGCGUGCACGCCAAAAGGAAGCUGUGGUUAUAUCAUCUAUCAGUGACAUUAUUGAACAACACGUAAGUUAACACUUUUUAUAUCGUUUUUGUUAGACUAAAAUACAGUUAAAAUCCGCGACGAAGAACCUUGUUUUGAAGAACCUGUUUAGCCUAAAAUUUGAAACAGGUUCUUAUUUCAGUUCUAAAAAUGUCUAUGAAAAAAAUUCUGUACACUUGGGCAAAUAAGAAAAGUCCACAUUGAGGAUGCUCUUUGGAGACAUAGGUGCAUUAAUUACUCCAACUCCAACUGCAAUUGUAAUGGCAUAUACAUUUUUAUAAUACGUAAAGAAUGAACUGAAUUCCACCAAAUAUUCUUAGCUAAAAUGCAGGUUCCUACUCGCGGGUUUUUACUGUGUUCACCUUUCCCAGCUCUGCAAUCAGAUCUGUUUUUCUUACACAUUAUACCUGCUUAAACUCAGCAAAGAAAGCCCAGUUUUUGCUCUCAUCACUCAAGAUCAGUUGUAAAAACUCAUGUGCUGUUCUUAGCCAACUGUCUCUCGUCAUGAAUUUGUAUCCCAUAACAGGCUACCCAGUGCUUUGAGGUUUACGUCAAAUACUGUUCCAAUCAGAUCUAUCAGGAUAGAGCAUUAAGAAAUCUAAGGUAAGCUGAAAAAACAGAUAGCGUUUGUAUUUUUUAGUCAGUAAGGCCUAACUAGUCUCGCCUUGCUAGAAGAGCCUUUCAUUCACUUGCUCGAUUUUGCCGUACUGGAGUGAGACUGCAUCAGGGUUCGUACAGGUCAUGGAAAACCCGGAACUGAGUCAUGGAAUCUAAGAAUUGCAUUUUCUAGGCCUGAAAGUCAUGACAUUUAAUUGUCGGUCCUUGAAAGUCAUGGAAAAUUGAAGUUUUGUUUGGUAGAUUCGUUACUGCCGAUGACAAAUCAAGGACAAUGUAGGAGCGAAGUCACUGAACAGCGCAAAGAUCUUUGUUGAGCAUGCGCUGCUUGUUGCUAGGAUACAGCUUCAAAACCAGGCCUAAUAUCCGUGCACUUGGUACAGAAGGCUCAGUCAUGACCACCUGCUUAACAAUAAACGGAUGUUCGCACUCAAAAAACCGGUUUGACGAAGAAACAAGAUUUACUCAUCCAGAAAUUUGGGUUUCGGUGACUUCAAAGAGUUGACGUGAUUCAAGCAGAGCUUUCUUUUUUCCUUCUCAGCAAAGAAGGCAAAAAGAGGCUCUACUCACAGGGUGAACCAAUCUAAAAACAACUGGUGCAAACAAGAACAACAAAUAUUAAACAGCUGUUAUCGUAAGAAGCAGCGCAGUGGCGGAUCCAGACCUUCAGAUAAGGGGGGGCGGUCAUCCAGAUCCUGAGACAAAGGCGGGGGAGGGGCGGGGGUCUCCAAAAAAAUUUUUCAGCCCUUCGGGCCUCAGUUUGGUCUAAAAAUAAGGGGGGCCCCGGCCCCCCCGGGCCCCUCCCCUGGAUCCGCCACUGCGAAGAGUGAUCAUUUUUGUAAGGUAACUACAGCUCUCGUUUUAAUUUUAGUUGAUCAAUUUUUAUCUCUGCCAGGAUAGAGCUGCUAAAAUGCUUGUCAAUUUAAUACAUGGAUUUCACAGUGAAAGAUAGGGAUGUCAGUCACUAUACAUGUUUUGUCUAACAAUUUUUUUUUACACAAGAAAGCUAGUUCUGGUACCGCUCUCACUCGUUAGUGUCUUUCAUGAGUGUCUCAAAGCCGGUAUUCGAACACAAAUUUUUUUGGGGCUUUAUUUGAGUGUCAAUGUAUUUAGCACGAAAGUACAAAUUGGGGACAAUUUGUGCAGUUUGGUGUGUUGAGAACUAAACAUGCAUUUUUUUGUUAUUUUACAGAAAGAGUGUGCGUUUUUCGGAGGCUAUGAAGAGACUACAAAGGAGAAGGGAAGUACAGGGUUUGACACUGCAGUCAUUUCUUGUUCUUCCCAUGCAGAGAAUAACGAGGCUUCCUUUGCUUGUGAAUGUAAGUAUUUUGAAUAUCGAAUUCCAAAUUUCAUCAUCUCUACCAGGCAUUCGCCACUGUAGACAUGAUGAGACUAAGCUGGGUUAAAUUUCGUAAAGACUUCUAGGACUGUUUUUGGCGAUGGAAAGUAAUGGGCCAACAGCUCACCGGCGCGUCCCCAGCAGCGAUGCUAGAAGUCUUUGCGAAAUUUAACCCGGCCCAGCUUUCUUCUCGUUUCCUAGAGUAGCAAAAUGGUCAUUUUCAAGUUGCGCGGAAAGACUCGACUGGUAUCCCCAUGUCGAAAUGCACUACGGGACGGUUUUGGAACACCUGGUCAUCUUUGGUUGGCUGUCACAUUUUGCAUAG